AUGGCUUUCAAUCUCUCCUUCUUCCUUCUCACCCUCCUCUUUGCCACCACCGCAAAAGCACUUUCCUGCAAUCAAACGCCAUUCCCUGAGCUCUGCACCUCCAUGGUAGUAAAUGAGAAUGCUCAAGCCAUUAAUCUCCGUGAGCUGGCCAUCCGAGCGACACUAGCCCGGGCCGAGCUAGCCCACCAGCUCGCGUCAGAGAUAGACAUCUCGGCCUAUGACCAGCCCACGAAGGCCGCAUGGGCCGACUGUCUCGAGCUCUGCGAGGACACCAUCGCACAGCUCAACCGCUCUCUGUCUCAGAGCUGUUCCCACGACGACUCCCAAACCUGGCUGAGUGCUGCCCUCGCCAACCAGCAGACCUGCCGUAACGGCUUUGCUGAGCUCAACUCCUCCUUCCACUUUCCAUCCUCCCCAUUCCAAUCUCACAAUAUCUCCAACGCCGUCAGCAACUUGCUUGCCAUUAACAACGCAGCUCAUGCGGCCUCCGCGGCCAGUAUUAAUUCAGCUGGGGGGAACCGGAAGUUGCUCUCCAACGAUGGAAAAAGCAUGUUUCCGGCCUGGGUUUCGGCUGCGGACCGGAAGCUUCUUCAGUCGUCGACGGUGAACGCUAACCUUGUGGUGGCGAAGGACGGGUCGGGGAACUAUGAGACUAUUUCUGAGGCGGUGGCUGCUGCUGCGAAGCAGAGCAGCGGAACGUCGAGGUUUGUUAUAUAUGUGAAGGCCGGAACCUACAACGAGCAAGUUCAGAUCCCGGCGUCGGCGAAGAAUUUGAUGAUCGUUGGCGAUGGAAUUGAUCAGACAGUUGUCACCGGUAGCCAGAACGUCGUCGAUGGCUCCACCACCUUCCGCUCGGCAACUUUUGCUGUGGUUGGUGACGGAUUCAUCGCACGUGACAUAACCAUCCAGAACACGGCGGGCCCGCAGAAGCAUCAGGCGGUGGCUCUCCGGUCAGGCUCCGACCUCUCCGUCUUCUACAGCUGCAGCUUUAAGGGAUACCAAGACACCGUCUACGUCUACAGCCAGCGCCAGUUCUACCGCAACUGCGACGUCUACGGCACCGUCGACUUCAUCUUCGGCGACGCCGCCGUCGUCUUCCAGAACUGCAAUAUAUACGCCCGCAAGCCUCUUAGCGGCCAGCAGAACACCGUCACCGCUCAGGGAAGAACUGAUCCCAACGAGAAUACCGGAAUCUCCAUCCACGACUCCGUCAUCGCCGCCGCCUCCGACCUCGCCCCCGUCCAAAGCUCCGUCAAGAGUUACCUCGGUCGCCCCUGGCAGCAAUACUCAAGAACGGUUAUCUUGAAGACUAACAUAGGGAGCCUUAUCGCUCCCGCCGGCUGGCUCGAGUGGAGCGGCAAUUUCGCUCUCUCCACGCUCUACUACGGCGAAUACAUGAACACCGGCGCCGGAUCCAGCACGUCGGGCAGGGUCAACUGGCCCGGAUACCACGUCAUCACCAGCGCUACCGAGGCCGGGAAGUUCAGCGUCGGCAGCUUUAUCUCCGGCGAUUCCUGGAUUCCGGCCACCGGUGUUCCGUUCACCUCAGGGCUCUAAUUCGAUUCGUACAAUAGCAUACGUUCCAUUAAUUCCGCAGACGUAAUCAUCCAUCCAUUCGUUGUUUGAUUAGUUGAUUUAUGCGUGUAAGAAAAUUAAUUAGCAUUUUUAAUGUAUGUGUAA